AAUGACCUGGUCCUUGAACCUCUCAGGACACUGUUCUUCAGUUCUUCCGUCUACUUCAAAUGCCAGAUCCUUCACACCUUGACAGAACUGCUGAGGAAUUAUGUAACCCAUGAGAUGAGCCGAUACCAGGAGACGGCACAGAGACAGAAGGUCCAGGAGACGGAGAAGGUCUUGUUGGACGAUGAAGUAGAUGCAACCUCUCUUCAUUCAAGUUCAUCUGUGUUCUCUGUUCGAGUGGCGUAUUUUGACCCAGUUAUCACGGUGAAGAAGCUCGUAGAGUUUGUCGAUGGACUCUGCUCUGUAGCCCUUCAGAUUCAUCACCAUCAUUCUCUUCUAUUACAUCAUACUCUCACCUUCUUUGAACUAGUGUCAUCUGUCUACACGAAGCAUGGUGUCGUCUUUUCCCAGAUUCCAUCCAAGAUAAUCUUCUAUUGGGCCAUGUUUGGUAUUGACCCAACAGCAUGCUCCAGAAUAUGCCAAAUAAUCUGCGAUUACAAGGCAGUAUUCACUGCAUUGCAUGCAGAUGAUGAUGUCCAUCAGCAGUGGGGCGAGAUUAAGAAGGGCAUCAACGAAUUGAACAGCAUCAUCCUCACGCUCUGUAACUGUUUAUGGAGGACCAAGGCCUUUGAAACCAACACGGAUCAUGGCGUUACCAUGGAGACCAUAGAAGCCACUGGGUUACCCUAUCCCAAUAAGAUAUUCUCCAUGCAAGGCAGCUUGGCCCUGGUGUGCUUCUGUAAGAAGUUUUUUGAGGAGACUCAACCAGAAGGUAAGAAGGUAGACCCUAAGAUGAUCAAGAGUGCUCACAAAUCAGUCUACAUGGAAUUCUUACAAAGAGAGAGGAUGGAUGGGAUUGUCAACUUCAUCCAGACGUUCAUCCGACGGACAGGAGGAAGUCAGACAACAAUCAGUAAUCUUGAUCAAUCUAGCAUGCAAGGUUAACGAGAACUUAAGAAGAGUGGACAGUAUCGAGACGUUCCUCUGACGGACAGGAGGAAGUCAGACAACAAUCAGUAAUCUUGAUCAAUCUAGCAUGCAAGGUUAACGAGAACUUAAGAAGAGUGGACAGUAUCGAGACGUUCCUCUGACGGACAGGAGGACGUCAGACCACAUUCAGUAAACUUGAUCAAUCUAGCAUGCAAGGUUAACGAGAACUUAAGAAGAGUGGACAGUAUCGAGACGUUCCUCUGACGGACAGGAGGAAGUCAGACAACAAUCAGUAAUCUUGAUCAAUCUAGCAUGCAAGGUUAACGAGAACUUAAGAAGAGUGGACAGUAUCGAGACGUUCCUCUGACGGACAGGAGGAUGUCAGACCACAUUCAGUAAGCUUGAUCAAUCUAGCAUGCAAGGUUAACAAGAACUUAAGAAGAGUGGACAGUAUCGUGACGUUCCUCUGACGGACAGGAGGAAGUCAGACCACAUUCAGUAAACUUGAUCAAUCUAGCAUGCAAGGUUAACAAGAACUUAAGAAGAGUGGACAGUAUCGAGACGUUCCUCCGACGGACAGGAGGAAGUCAGACCACAUUCAGUAAACUUGAUCAAUCUAGCAUGCAAGGUUAACAAGAACUUAAGAAGAGUGGACAGUAUCGAGACGUUCAGCCGACGGACAGUAGGAAGUCAUACCACAUUCAGUAAUCGUGAUCAAUCUAGCAUGCAAGGUUAACAAGAACUUAAGAAGAGUGGACAGUAUCGAGACGUUCCUCCGACGGACAGGAGGAAGUCAGACCACAUUCAGUAAACUUGAUCAAUCUAGCAUGCAAGGUUAACAAGAACUUAAGAAGAGUGGACAGUAUCGAGACGUUCCUCCGACGGACAGGAGGAAGUCAGACCACAUUCAGUAAUUGUGAUCAAUCGAGACGUUCAUCCAACGGACUAGAGGAAGUCAGACCACAUUCAGUAAACUUGAUCAAUGUAGCAUGCAAGGUAAACAAGACCUUAAGAGGAGUGGACAGUAUCAAGACAUUCAUCCGACGGACAGGAGGAAGUCAGACCACAUUCAGUAAUUUUGAUCAUCUAGCACGCAAGGUUAACAUGAACUAAGGGAGAAUGAUCAAGAUCAUUGACUUCCUCCCAAGGAUUAGAGCUUGAUAGGAUUGACUGAAGUGUUUGGUAAUCUUGAUCAAGCUUGCAAGGUUAACGAGAAAUACGGAAGAGUGGACUGAAUCAACUUCAUCCAGAAGUUUACAUGACGAAUUGGAGGGACUCUGACUCUGACCUAAGUUCUUGCAAUGCUCAGCUGAAUGGUUCACUUGUUAAGAACUAUACUAUUUUAUAUCUAUUCUUGUCAUUCAACUUUUAAAAAUAAUUUGAGUCUUCUAUCUGAUUGUAUACCAAAUUAUGCUGGAUGGUAUCAUGAAUGACAUAUUUGAUAUCUGUACAGGGAUUAUACAGUAAAUCUAGAUAGUCAAUUUUGUCUUGCUUGCAUAGCGCAGGGACUAUACAUGUAGCAACAGCUGUGUUGUCAACAUUGACAUUUUAACCAAAGGUUAAGAUUUUGAAAUGUCAUCAUAACUUAAAAAGAAAAUGUACCUUAUUUAAUGAAACUUGGACAUAAGCUUAAUGAAGUAUUGCUAAAUAUCCUACCUGAGUUUCAUGUCACAUUACCAAGGUCAUUUAAGGUCAACAAUCUUUGACCAUGUCUGGGGUAUUUGUUGAAUUACCAUGAACUUUGAAAGUUCAUGGAUCUAGUUCAUGAAACAUGGACAUUGUCUCGCACAAGUCUUAGGUCACAUGAUCAAGGUCAUUUAGGGUCAGUGAACAUAGUAUUUUACUAUAUCAUAUGAAUGGUGUUUUUAGUGAAUUAUUAGUCAAUAGUUGAUUUUAAAGUCAACACUUCUGCUACAUUGAUUCACGUGAUGCAGGCAGGACUGCAAGAGGCGUUCCACUGAAUAAUCAAUAAUGUUUCACAGCUUUUUUCUUCCAAAUCUGAAACUUUUGCAACCUCUUGGUACAUGAGUCUUAUUUAAGUUUUGCAACAUUUUGUCAGACCCGAACUAGCCCUAAUACGUGAUUUCAUGUACAAGUCUAGAUGGCAAAUUCUGUUCAUAGCCAAAAGUCAUUUAUGCAUAAUUUUUUUGCUUUUAGUGAUUAUAUUAUAACAAUGAAUUUUGUUUUGUGUAUGAUCAGAAUGGUGUUGCUGACAAUGAAUUGCCAUCAAAGAAACGCACAAGAAAUUUAAAGAAAUGAGAAAUUUAAAUUACAUCAAGACACACAGAAUAUUUUAUAUUACCUCUUUUUUAAUGUACCCUUUAUAGAAUUGACCGGGAGAGUCCAAGUCAUAUCUAGCCAAAUGCUAGUUUUAUUCGUAAAUUAGCAUAGUAAAUAUAGGAACAAUUAUAUUACCGGUAUAUUGGAUGGCUCGGAAGUUAAUAAGAGAAAUAUUCCAAGAGUUUGGGAAUAUUGGCCCUAACAAGUGGAAUAUUUCUGAUAUUUCAUAAAAUAAAGCCAUCCAAUAUAAUUAUUAUCAUCUAUCCCAACCUGGCAACCUCCCCCCAAAAAAGAGGGAGAAAUUUGAUUUAACAAGUCAUAUCACUUAUCUUUUAUAUGGCAUCAUCACUUCAUAUGAUCAAUUUAGUUCGUUGACAUGCGACUUCCAUGUAGUUCAUUAUGACGUCAUUGAGCAUAAUUGUGAUAUAUGCUGUGCAUUGCUUUGAUUAUUUCACGCAUUCGCGCUUGACUGUUGAAUAUGGUCUCGUACUCAAAUCGUACGGCAAAUUUUGUACAGGAGCCUAUGUGAUAUUCUUCGGAUUUCAGUCCUUUUUAGGGAUACGCUCUGAUAAUGCACGGGCAAUUGAUGCAGACAAAAAUACGCGUUUUUAAUGUAUCGCUAAAACACUCUCUAUUAUACAUUGUAGGUGAUGUAAAUGCUGAUUUAGAGAAAAGGGGAUAUUGUAUUAUAGUUAAAAAGUUUAUUUUCUCAAUUCUGUAAUUAGUUGAACAUACCAUUUAUGUGAAAAACACUCCGAGUACCUGAAAGUUUGCGAUGAUAUGUCUGUUUUCAGAACUUGAUUUCUUGUUGGUUUUUUGUGGGUGAUCCAUCUUGCCUUAUUGUGGACAUAUCGAGUGUUUCAUAAAGCUUUUAUGAAAAUAUUUUUGGUGAAUACUGCAGGUCACUAUUUUCAUUAUUGUUGAUUUCAGUUAAAAAGUAAUAAAACUUACAGGUCUUUUUAAUGAGUGUUUUGCUUAGGAUAUAUAUGUAUGGGAAUUCAUGAGAUAAUUAUGUUCCAUAUUGUACAUUAGGCCUAUACGAUGUGAUGUCAAGAUAUUUUAUUCAUUUACGUUUUUUUUUAUAUUAUAUUUCUUUGUAUAUUCAUUGUAAGUAUUGUGAAUAUGUAUAUACAUCAAUAAAAUUAAUAUCUUUAUUAUGCUUUUUAACAGA